CACAGAGCUCCUCUACCUACCUGAUCGGAAAAGUGAAAGAUGAAAGAAAGGUGUUGUUUUCUUCGCAGGAAUGGAGACUGCUCUGAAAAUGUACUUGUAUCUGAUGCUGUUAGUGUUCAUCUGUGACGGGUUCCAUGUCCAUGGUCCACCUGGUCCUCUCAUUGUUCAGCUGGGAGACUCAGUGAUGCUGCCCUGCUUUGUAGAAACUCCUCUACCACUGGAAGAUCUGGAAGUGGAGUGGAAAAGAAUUGACAGUGAAACUCUAUUGCACUUGUGGCAGGAUGGAGAGAGUCGACCAGAGUCUCAGAACCAGCUUUAUCAUGAAAGAGCUCAUUUCUUCACUGAGAAGAUCGCUCAAGGAAACUUCUCCCUCCUCCUUACAGAUGUGACCAGUAAAGAUGCAGGAGUUUAUAAGUGUACUGUUUACACAAAGCUGGAUUCUGGUGAAACUCUGAUUGAAAUAAAGGAGAUUGAGCGUUUGAUCGUGUCUGGAUCCCAUGUUAUAUCUGCACAUGUGGGUGAAGAUAUCACUCUGAACUGCUCUGUAGACUCGCAUCUCCCACCAGAAAAUAUAGAAGAGGUGUCAUGGAAGAAAAUAGAUGAAGAUAUUUUAGUGCUGUUUUAUCAAGAGGGUCAGAUCCUGACAGAGUCGACUGAUAAGAGAUAUGUGGACAGAGUAAAAUUCUUCAGCGCUGAAGAAAGAAACAAAGGAAACUUCUCUUUGAGACUGAAGAAUGUCCGAACGGAGGACAAAGGGCUGUAUAUGUGUUUAGUGUUCUCUGGGGCAUUAUCAGCUAACACAACUGUGGAGGUACAGCAGCUGGGUCACCUUUCCUAUCUGCAUUUUGCAAUUAUCAUUUUGUGUAUACUUGGAUUUGUAAUCGGAUCACUUGUACUAGGCUACCUAUCUUACACAUGUUAUAAAAAGGAAGAUGACAGCAGAAGAGCCCUAGCUAUACAGUGUGCACAUGUCCUUUGUCCUAACAUUACUAUGUCCAUUGUCUUCAUCCUCUGGGGUGUCACUGAUGGUAUUUUUACUGAAGCAGCAACUUGUUCAGCCCUUAAUUUUGCUCGGAUCAUUUUCCUAUUUUGGAUUGGUCUUCAUUUGAAAUCAAUUCAAGAAACUCCACAGCAAUUAAUUGUCAACUUGGGAAUUAUACUACAGUAUAUUGUGGUGACUGUUUUUGCUUAUUCUUCUAUUUUUCUGAAUAUUUUGUAUAAUUUAACCACUGAAGCGAAAGUAGCUCUGAUAAUCAUGCUCCUGGUGAUACUUAUUCCUAUUCUGGGUAUUAUCGCUGCAGUAUGGCGUGAAAGGGAUGAUUUUUUUGUAUCACUAAUGAUGUACAGAACUACAAUGCUCUGCGAUAUUCUACGAAUAACUGUUUUUUCAAUGGUAAUUCAAAGAAGUGUGAUUGCAUUUUUAGUUCCAGUCUUCACUGUGCUUUGGGUUUAUCUAGAUGAUUUUCUUGAUUUAUUCGAUUUGCGUGAAUUACAAGCGAUGUCAUGGAUGUUGCUCCUGGAGGUUCUAAGGGCUUCAGGGUCGAUCUACAUCCAUUAUUCUCUGAAUAUUGAUGUGAAAGAACGAGACGCAUUGGUCUGUGUGACUGUAUUCCUCCAAAUCUUGUCCAUGAUUGCGCUGUUUAUGUUUAUGAACUAUGACUCAGAUGAAAGAAAUAAGCCCAGAAACCCUGGGACACAUCACUCUUUACCCCAUUUGGUUGUGUUCAUGUUUGGUACAGUGGGGGUUGUUCUUGUGAACACUGUUGUGUUAUUAGUAGAGCUGACCUUAAAAGCACGAAAUGGUGAGCGGACAGUGGAUCUGCGACUUAUUCUCCUACCCACUGAAAGUGUCUUUGCUGUGUGCUACCUUGCUUUACAAAUAUCUACUUUCUGGAAGAAGAACAGAGAAAGAUUAGCAAAUGGCAUAAAGAAACUGCAACAGUCGUGUGUGUGUACAAAUUCACAGAGGGAUUCCACAACAUGAAAUGGAGAAUCUGAAUCGAGUUUCUCAGCCUUCAGGGUCUUAGCAGCAAAAAUCCCUCAAACACAAAUCCAGAAGAUUGCUAAUGUACAUUUACCUGGUUUCUGCACUGUCACCUGAAUAGCUGACAUCCCCACAGAAACCACUAGUGACUGUAAAAGAUCUGUUUUUUUCAUUGUAUUUUGUUUUUUCAUAUGCAGUUAUGGGGAAAACAAAACACCCUCCAUCAGUUCCACCUUUUUAUUUAUCAGGGACUAAUAACCACUGUUUGGUUCUCACCAGCUUCUAUAAACAAUCUCAGGUGAGAACAAAAAAACACAGAUUUCAAUCAUUUUUUCCCUAAACAUGAACCAACAUUCUGAACAUUUAGCAUCAUUGUCCUGUUUCAUGACCUAAUUUCAGCUCAGAUUAAGCUGCUGGACAGAUGGUCUCAAAUGUCUCAAGAAUAUUCUAGUAAUAAAGUGGUCUCACAUAUGUCUCAAAAAUAUUCUAGUAACUGAAUAAAAUAUUCUUUAUCAACUGUCUCACUGACUGCACGAUUCCCAGGUCCUGUAGCUCAACAAGCUCACAUCAUCACCCCUCCACCACCAUGCUCCACAGUUGGUUUAAUCUGCUUACAGAGGCUUAAGAUGUUGCUUUGAGGAUUUCUUUACAUGUCUGAACAGACUGAUGAGCAGCAACAGUUUCUCUGAGUCCUGGCUGAUGUCCUUUCUCCUUGGCAUGAUGUAGACACUCACACAAGUGAUCCCGUACACUAAACUGCCCAAAGUUCUGCUUUUACAGACAUAGUCAUACUUCAUAAUGAUGAACUAAUUUUUUUUUUUUUUUU